AUGGAUGCAUUCAGACCACUUGAAAAUGAGUCACUGUUGUCCAGUUCCUCUGGUCCUGCCAGAUGGGAUCCUUUCCGUCGCCCCUUGGACUCCAUCCAGCCCUGGCACUUCAGGCUUCUGGCAGCAGUGAUGUUGGUGGUGACCUCCCUGUCGCUUGCUGAGAACCUGGCUGUAAUCCUGGUAACUUUUAAGUUCAAGCAAUUGAGACAACCUGUCAAUUAUGUUAUAGUCAAUUUGUCUGUGGCUGAUUUCCUGGUCUCACUGACUGGUGGCACCAUCAGCUUUUUAACAAAUCUAAAAGGUUAUUUUUAUAUGGGAUACUGGGCUUGUGUACUGGAAGGAUUUGCUGUCACAUUUUUUGGCAUUGUUGCUCUCUGGUCUCUUGCUCUGUUGGCUUUUGAGCGGUACGUUGUGAUCUGCCGCCCAUUGGGAAAUAGGCGCUUGAGGGAGAAGCAUGCAGCCCUAGGUAUUGCCUUUGUGUGGACCUUUUCCUUCAUUUGGACCAUUCCACCAACAAUUGGUUGGAGCAGUUACACCACCAGUAAGAUUGGAACUACUUGUGAGCCUAACUGGUACUCAGGAGCUUAUAUUGACCAUACAUACAUUAUUGCACUCUUCACCACCUGUUUUAUAGUGCCUUUAUUGGUAAUUUUGGUAUCCUACGGAAAACUGAUGCAGAAGCUAAGAAAGGUCUCAGAUACGCAAGGCAGGCUGGGAACUACCAGGAAACCUGAAAGACAAGUGACUAGAAUGAUUGUUGUUAUGAUCAUUGCCUUUCUCAUCUGCUGGAUGCCAUACGCUGCCUUUUCUAUUCUAGUCACUGCAUACCCCUCCAUUGAGCUGGAUCCUUGUCUGGCAGCAAUUCCAGCUUUCUUUUCCAAAACGGCUACUGUUUAUAAUCCGAUUAUUUAUGUCUUUAUGAACAAACAGUUCAGGAAGUGUCUGAUUCAAAUGUUCAGCUGCAGUGCCAUAGAAACUGCAGAGUCCAACAUGAACCCAACUUCAGAGAGAGCAAUGCUGACCCAGGACAAAAGAGGCAGUGAGAUGUCCACCAUGGCAGUACAUAGCACCAUUUCUAAGAGGAAAACCAGAGAUGAACACAGAAAUUGGCAAUCUUUUACUCAGUUGGCAGCUUCAGAAAACUAA